AAAAAAAGUUAUUUUUAAACUUCUUUUCCCCCUCCUUUCAUUUUAGAUUUACCUCUUUUUAAUUUCUUUAUAUCCUAUAAUGAGCUAUAAUGCUGGUUCAGGCAUACAAGUUCCGGUAGAAGCACAAGCUACAUCAGCUUUAUCAUCUGUGACUAAUACAGUUCCAGUUACCACAUCAAUAGGGAAUACUCAGCCAAGUACGACUUCAGAUUCAAUCCCUCCUACAUCAACUAUUCCAACUACUACAACUACUACUAGCAUUUCCACUACUACUGAUAAUCACAGUUCAACUAGUGUAAACACGACACCUAAUGAUUCACAAAGCAGUACUACGACUACUUUAGAUCAUAUUACAACUUCAUCUACUACUACUAGCCCACAUACUAUCCCCACAACGCCUAAACCAGAUGGUUCGCCUACAAGCAACACUGUUACAUAUACUCGGAGCAGUAAAAUAAUCACAACCUCAUCAGCUAUACCUAUCGUCACUGUUACCAGAUCUGGUACCUCUACCUUCACAGUUGUCUCUACGUCCUAUAGUAUGUACACUACUUCUGUACCUACCAAUACUCUUGAAACCUUGCAACAACCAGGCGUGAACUCGAGCGCCAUAGCCGGUGGUGUCGUUGGUGGUGUGGCUUUUAUCGUCCUGAUCGGCAUCAUAGGAUUUUUCGUUUUAAGAAAAAGGAAUUCAAAGAAGACAACUAGAGAUCAAGAAAUAGAUAUAUCUCUUCCUCCAGAAAGAUACGGAUCACCCACAUUUAUCGAUAGCCGACCUACUUCUAUAGCUGUUUCAAGACCUUUUAUCCCAGCUUAUGAUCCAAGUAAAGAUGAUUUCAGUGUAGGACAAUAUAGCUAUGAUGGAGGAUAUUAUACUCAACAAGAGCCUACGAUAAGGAAUGUACCUGAUGAAGUUGAUCACAACAAUCGAUUGUCAAGACAUGUGCCUGAUGAAAAGACAUAAGAGAGAAAGAGGACUUUUUUA